CUAACACAAACACACACCAUGCAUAUAGCACACAGCCCUCUGUGGUGCAGUGACAUUGUAUACGGUUAAAAAAACGCAACCCGCGAUGCACGGUAGGAGUUGUAGAUGGCGAAAAUGCAUGCUCUCGGACAAGUGGGAAAAUCGUCUUAAAAAAAGGGAAGCCGGGCUAUCAGUGGUGCGUUUAGGAAGCAAAAUGUUGCUCUGCUAGCUGUUUGUAGUUUUACGACGGGCAGCAGUCGGUUUGCGUCUUAUGUAACUAACGGCCUGAGCAGCGUCGGUAAGGAAAAGCUGCUGAAUGAGAGAGAGGAAAAAGAGCAGCACCGCUUUGAAUUCACAUGGCAAUUUACAUUUAGGUUAGGACACCCAAACGCCACACUAAUACAAAUUGAGGGGGCUACUGGGGGACGGCUACUGCUUUGAUUGAGACUGAGUUUCAAGGCAAAACGACAAGGGGACGUGGAGUGACUUACUCGAAUCAAGUUGUUAAAGUGAUGGCGGACUCUGACAAGCAUGACUGAGGACCUACCUAGACCAGAGCCAGAAAAAUGAGACCGGACAGCAAGAGGGGCAGCCUGCAUAAUACCUCUUACAUGGAUCUACAGCAAGCCUGAUCAGACUGAAAGCUGCACUGCUGUGUGGCAAAAAGAGGAGCGACAGCCUCGCAUUAAAGCUAGCUCUGGUGCUACGUGGAGUUUAAAGGAGCUGAAAAAGUUUUUGCCCUGCUUUUUAUGGCUUUGUCUGGAGUUACGCGACCUGAUAAAGACAUGGAAGGAGCAUGCUAGUGUGACACCCGGUUCUGCUUCCCAUUACCAUGUGGAGUACAGAGGGCCAGUAGCCGAACGUUUUGCUGGACAGACCGCUGUGACGCCCGGGUCGGACCGAGCUGCUUCAACAGAGCUGAUGCCAAGGACAGGAGUCUGCCAUGAUGUUUAUAUAACCUGAUGAACUGCAGAGAGAUGGUGAGGAAGAAGAAUCCCCCUAUCCGGAGUGUGGGAGGCGAAGAGGAGGAGGAAGAAGAGGGGAGGAGGCCAGCAGGAGUAGAAGAGGAAGACGAAGGAGAGGAGGAGGGGAGAGUUGGCGCUGAGGCCGAACGAAUAAACCGUCCCUCAGAACCAGAAUCCUCGGACCGGAUCCGAGGAGACGAGGAGCAGGAAGAAGAGAGUGAGUGUGUGUCCUCAUCCGUCUCACCCUCUUCUGUUAGUGAUCGUUACAGUAACGAGGAGAGAACGGGGAGAAGAGGAGGAGGGGGUAGGAGAGCUAAGGAAGGAGGAGCGUCGUUGAACGACAGACCUGAGAGCCAGUCGGAGCCUGAGGAUGGGGAGAAAGGAGUAGAGGAUGGAGAGAGGAGGGAGAGAGACAGAGGGGGAGCAGAUCUCCUCCCUUCUCCUCUCCUCUCUGCUCCCCACCUCCUUCUGCUCCGCAGGCAGGAAGGGGGGGAGGAGUCCACAACAGACACCCCUCCCCUUUCCUGCAGCCCCUCUCCCAAACUCCAGGACUUCAAGUGCAACGUGUGCGGUUACGGUUACUACGGCAACGACCCCGCCGACCUGGUGAAGCACUUUAGGAAGUAUCACCUGGGUCUGCACAACCGCACACGACAGGAUGCUGCCCUCGACACACACAUCCUGGCCCUGCACAACAUGGCCCCCCAACACACACUUCUAGAUACACAGUCGGGACAGGGGCUGAGGAAUCAAGCCAAAGAGUUGGGGAAGACAAGAUCAGAAGUACACAAUCAGCAGCACCGGACAGUGAUGGUGAACGGCACAUAUGACGUACAGGUGAUGCUGGGUGGCACGCUGAUUGGGAUUGGACGUAAGACUUCGGAUUGCCAAGGGAAUACUAAGUACUUUCGCUGCAAAUUCUGCAACUUCACAUACAUGGGCAGUAAUUCGUUAGAACUUGAGCAACACUUCUUGUCCUCGCAUCCAAAUAAAGUCAAAUCUCCACCCACCACACCCCUGCUGGCCCACAGUAACCUGUCAACGCACGACAACCAGGCCAAGGAAAGGAGCCAAAUAUUAGAUGGGGCAGAACGAGUUGCAGUGAGAGCGGAAGAUGAUUCCUUAGUCGGGUACUCCAUCCCAGUCAGGGGGUGUUCGGAUCCUUCCAGCUGGACGGGGGAGCCGGGUCGGGGUCCUGUGCAGGCGUAUUAUUGGUGUAAAUUCUGUAGCUGGAGCUGUGAGUGGUCAGGGGGCUCUGCGAAGCUUUUAGAGCACUAUGAACAAAGACACAGAAUGAGCUCGGGAGGGACGAUGAGUCCCAACAACGCUAAUCCAGAAAGAGAGAGGGAGAGAGGAGGAGGAAGAAGAGAAGGAGGAGAGAGAGACCAAGUGCCAUCCAAAAGCCGAAAAGAUCUGUCAUCCAACAUGUCUGGCACCAGCCAAGGAGAGCCAAACAGCAGCGAUCCAGAAGCGGUCGUGACCAGUUACAACUGUCAGCUUUGUGAUUUCCGGUACUCGAUGGCCCACAGUGCAGAUGUGAUUGUAGUAGCACCGUUACUCCUUCACUACCAGCACAACCACUCCAUCCACCGCUGCUGCAUCCAGCACUGCGUGUACUGUCCACAGGGGCUCUGCCAGCCACAGAAACACCUGGGGGAGGUGUCUCAUCCCUUUGCUUGUCGGAAGCCCACCUGCCCUAAAUGCUCUUCCAAGUUCCCCCAGUCCACCAAACAGCAGGAAACCAUCGCUUCAAAACCUGCCACCACCACCUCACCCAGCAUGACCCCUCCUAAUCCUAGAGGCGACCCCGCUUUGAUCGGGGGAUCGACUUUUCACCCCUCUAACCCUUCACAUCCUGUCGUCACACAAGGCGUCACCCACUUGUGCGACCAGUGUGCGUUCGCCACCACUGACAUCGACGUGUUGCUCCAACACUACGAAAGCUGCCACACCCUGAUUAAACUAAAGGGGGCGGCGCCUCAUGUCAAGGCUGAGGAGGAGGCUGGAGUGGAGAAGGAAGGAGGAAGAGAAAGAGGAGGAGGAGAGAGGGAGCACUCAUGUACAAAGUGUCACUUCAUUACAGAAGUGGAAGAAGAGAUUUUUAGACACUACAGGCGUGUCCAUGCAUGUUGCCGUUGCAGACGCUGCGACUUCACAGCUCCUGAUUCUACAGCCCUCCUGGACCACUUUAACUCCGCCCACUGCCAUGAAUCCUCUCCCUCGUUAAGCUUAUCAUCAACAAUGUCCUUGCCCACCUCACUGACACCGUCGUUAACACUCUCAGCCAAUGGCUGCUCAGCUCCCUCUACCUUGGCCAUCAAAGAAGAAAGCAAGGGGGAUCUGCGCCUCCUCUACUCCCUUGCGCCCCCUGAGGGACGGCUGGCAGAAGGAGGCAGGGAAGAAACAGGAGGGGUGGUAAAAAGUGAAGGAGGCGAGGAGAGAGAAAGGGAGCGUGAGAAAGGCUGGGUUCUUGGGGAGACACGAGGACUGGGAGAAAGAGGAGGUGAUCAGGCCCAUGGUUUACUUUGGGUGCCAAAGGAGCGAAUGGGACCUGAGAGAGGUGGUGGAAGCAGGAGUCCCUCUCUUUUCCCCUCCCCCCUCUCACUGUCGUUUGUUUCAGCCAAUCAUGAGUCCACACAUCAGAAAAGAGGCGUGGCUUCGCCCAGCAUGGUUUACCUGGGAGACACCAAGUCGUUUUUGGGAGAUACCAAAUCGUUUUUGGGGGAUGCCAAGCUGUAUGGAGGAGGGAGGCCGGGUGGAUCCUCUGCAGGAGGAGGUAGUGGAGAGAAGCAGAUCCAGAUGCCCCAACAGCAGUACACAGGAGGAGGAGGGAGUGGAGGUGGAGGAGGACAGGAGGCGAAAGCAGCUAAGGAAGAGUCCCAAUCUCUGCUAAGGAGGCGGAGGGGGAGUGGAGUCUUCUGUGCGAACUGUCUGACCACCAAGACGUCGCUGUGGAGGAAGAAUGCUAACGGAGGCUACGUCUGCAACGCAUGUGGUUUAUACCAAAAGCUGCAUUCGACACCCAGACCUCUAAACAUCAUAAAGCAGAACAACGGCGAACAAAUUAUUAGACGACGAACCAGGAAACGGCUCAACCCUGAUUCACUGUCGUCUGAAACCCCAGCCCCCAAGCAACAGCGCAUCACCAGCGAAGAGCGAAUGAAUGGAGAGGAGUCUGACAGAAGCUGUGCUUCAGUAAAAAACCAGCAGCCUUCCCCUCGCUCACGCUCGCCACGAUCCACUCAAGCCUUCCUUGCCAAUCAAACAUUGGAGAUCCACAGGCGCAUGCCUCCGUUGCUUCUCCCCUCACAUCCCCCCUCCUCACUGGUAGCUGAUGGCAAUGGAGGCAUCUCUGAGGGGGGUUUAACAUCAAAGGUAGAGGGAGGUAAAGGAGGAGGGGGAUCAGAAAGAGGAAGUCCAAUUGAGAAGUACAUGCGUCCAUCAAAGCCAUCUAGCUAUUCGCCUCCUGGUUCACCCAUUGAAAAGUAUCAGUAUCCCUUUUUCUCCUUACCAUUACCCCUUACCCUCUCACCUGACUUGACCCCUGAAUCGGAUUGGCUCCGAUUCUGGAGCAAGUACAAGAUGGCCGCUGCAUCUGGGGUUCCUGGUAGCAUCAGUAACCUAAGCAGCCCUGGCAGCCUCGGGAAUAAUGCCCAUUAUCUCGGCGCAAUGGUUACUCCGGUACAGCAUCAUCAGCAAAGCUACACGGUGCCUUACUGUGCUUCUCCUUACUCUCCCCUUCCUCCUCCCCCAGCUCCUCCUCACUAUCCUCCCCCUCCACUUCACUCCCAAAGCUCAUCUGCAGCCUCUCUAGAAAAUGACACUCCCCUUGAUCUUGCAAUACGACAAAGAGAUACAAGUGCUGCAAAUGUGGACAUGUCGACAAACGGUGCAGAGAGGAGAAGGCAAGAGUCUCCACUUGCUGAGAGGUUGAGAGAGAACUGGAAAGGAGUGAAAGAGGAAGAGGAGAGGACAGAUGAAGGAGGAAACCAGAGGGAAGAGGUAGGAAAGGAAGAAAAGGUUAAUUUGGCAAAAAGCCGGUCAAGCGUCCCGACUAAUCGCGCAAUGGUUGAAGCGUCCACGCAGGAUGACCUCACCAAUCGUUGCCUCCACUGUGGGAUCUACUUCCUAGAUGAGGUUAUGUACGCCUUGCACAUGAGUUGCCACGGCGACCAGGGACCAUACCAGUGCAGUUUUUGCCUCCAUGUGUGCAUGGAUCGCUAUGAUUUCACGACACACAUACAGAGGGGGUUACACAGGUGCUCGGAUAAAAUUUCGCAAAAAGGAGGACAUGUGCAGGAGGGCGUUAUUCAGAACCCUGCAGUGAUGUCAGAGCGAGGGAGUCAUAAUGUGACACCGGAUGGAAAAGCUGAAGGUGAUCACAUGGAGGUCACUGAUGAAAACAAUGAUGUUGUAGGAGAUAUUCAGGACAACAAAGAAUCAGAAGUUCUUGGUGAUGAAACAGAAGUUGAAAAGGAGGUAAGAGAAGACAUUCAUGAUGUCCCAAACCAGGAACUGGAAGGCAAGGUGGCAUCAGAUAGUAGCAAUGAUGACACACAAACUACAGAGAUGACUGAUGAUGAUGAAUCUAAAGACCUUGGUCAGACUACAGAGAGUAAUUAACCUGAUGCCUUUGACUCAGACAAACCCUUAUAAACCCAUUUUAUAUUGGAAGAAUAAGCUGUUUGCCUCCUUGUUCAUGGAGGCCAGCACAUGUUAAGGUGGACCUAACCUGGGCACUAAAUUAAAUCCAUCCUUAUGCUGGAAGCACUUGGCUGUCAAAUGGCCAAAUAUCAUUGUAGGAUCCUGCUGAACUGCUGCAGGGACAGUAGUAUUUAACAACAGAGUCCAGACAUGCAGCUUAAAUCACCUCCUUUUACUAAACAGCCACUUCAUGUGCUCUCCAGAUAAAAGGGGUUGGAAGCUUGACUAAAAGUUGGACUGGUCUCAUUUGGGAUGGGUUUGAGGAGCUCGGCACUUGCACAGCAAUUAUACAGCAGAGCAAAAAAUAAAUAAAUGCUGGAAGUGAAACACUUUAUCUUACCUGAACUGAGCUCGUCUGUUACUUUACUGAACUCCAAACUUGUCUGAUUCAUCAGUCAGACUGUUCUUUCUUGGUACAACCUGAUCUGAUGUGGUUAAAAACUAAUUUGUUCAGGUCCGGAGCAUGUUUGUGACUGUUUUACCCCUGUGCAAAUGGAUUUCAAACCAAAACUUCCUUUGACUCUCUCAGAGUUAAACUAGUUUACUCUUUGCUGCAUUUCAGCUGGGGUUGCCUUGGUACUAAUGGAUCUUCUUUCACACGUGCCAUGUUCUUUUUAAACUGUUGAUGCAAAAUUGCCACGGCUGCAAAGUGGCCCUAUGUGGAAGACCGGUUGGCUUAAAUUUGACCGAGACUUUUUGAACCGCUUGAAACCAGUUUAAACUGGUACAACCAGAGAAAUUCUGGACUGAAGUGUUCUCUUUAUCCAUUUGGAUCGAACCAAGUGACAUUAUUUUCUACCUUCCUCUGUGCCAUGAUACUAGCUAUGUGCCUGGCUGCCUGCCUAAUAGAACAACCAUCUAUUAACCUGCUUAACAUUUAUAUUAAUAAAAUGAUAAUAAUAAUAAUGAUAAUGUUAUAGUACAAAACAUGCAAUUUGCUACACUUUCAUAUAUAUAAUGUUAUUUUGUAAAGGCAAAUAAUGCUUUUUCUUGCAGGAAAUGGUACUAUAAAAAGUAGUAUAUAUGAGUUUGUUACUUUUUUUGUUAUUUUUUUGUGAGCUAUUUGUUGUUUAUUUUCUUAUGGAGAAUAUUACAUCUUACACACAAUGGUACAGCAAAAGCGGAGGCUUGUGAGUAUGUGUUUUUGUGUUUCUGUGUGUAAGGAUCAAAAGAUGUGUCCGUCCCCAAACCAUGAUGUAAAAUAAUGAAGGCUUGCGCUCUGAUUUUCAGUCCUCAGGGGUCACGUGUUGCACACCAACCCACCAGUUACAUAGCAUGUGACACAACAGUUUUACAUGUUAAAUGGUCUAAAGGUCUUAGCAUGUUACAUGAGGUUCCCUUAUAUAUUUUAUGUGAUAAUAGGUCAAAAUGUUCUUUUUGUGUUUUUCAUUAUUUUCUGUAUGUCUUUUAAAUGUGUUAGUAACAUGGUUUAGUUGAGAGACUAAACUUUUUUUUUAAAUAAGGAUCAAUUAUUUGGGGUAACUGUAUGAACCUUUUUCUCUGUAUUGACACAGAGCUUCUUGCCUACAGUGUUUUAUUCAGCCUAUCUCAUGUUUCUGAGAGUUUGGUAGGUGAUCCCUAUGUAGCAUGGUAGUGUCUUAUAAGACCUUCAAAAUAAGUCGCAUUGCCAAUGAACGGGAGCUGUUUCAAGUUAAUACUAAGUAAUAUUGAAAAUCCCAAGAUUUAAUGUUACAUUUUAUAAAUCAGUGAAGUCAAAUGUUCUUGUUGCUUUCAAUUCAAACUAACUCAUCCCUCUCUUCUACCAUAACUCAGUCUCUGUUUAAACCAAACUUCACAGUUUUCAUCGUUUAUGUUCAGAAUUGAGAGUUGGGUCCUCAAGUCCUUCUUCUUCAGAGUGAAUAAACAAAGUGGCCAACUUGCUUAUUUUUGUAAAGAGAGAAUUGCUUCUCCAGCCUUGAUGCCUUAGUUGCUAGAAACCAACUCAAAAAUCACCAAGGGACUCCUUUGAAGGAAAUCAUAAAAGGCUGAUAGGAAAUAAAAGACAGAAGGAAAAAGAAAAAAAGAUAUUUUUCUACGCCAAAAGACAUGAAUGAAAACUAUUCCGCAGAGUGCCUGGUCAUUUUUACAUUAUUGUUUUUUUUUUAAUGGGUAUGUAAAAGUUUUGUAAGGAUUUAGUAAUGUCAGGCAACGUUCUCCAUCAUGAUACUUGAUUUGAGCCUUUUCACCUCUAGCAUUUUCAGUUCAUGAAGAAAAACUCACAUGUGCUCUUACAAAAUGAAAUCAGUUGUUUUGCUAACUGUCAGCUGUUGGCUAACCAUCUUUAAUUUUAAAUUAACUUCUAUGACAAAUGUUCAGACAUAUGCCCAAUUAAAUUUUAAAUGAAAGACUCGAUGCAUGCCGUCAUAUCACCAGCUCAUGGUAAAAGUAGAUAUACUGUAUAUACGUUUAUUUACCAUGCCGAUACUUCUACACAGUCAAAACAAACUGUCUCAAGAGUGUUUAAUAUGUCUUCAAACACUAAGAAACCUUUCUAAAUAUUUAUGAAAUACAUUUACAUUUGGAGAAUAUUUGGAGGAGAAUGGCCGCUUACUGCUGCAUCAAAAAUGCAAAGAAAUCCGUCUCAUCUAUUUAUACAAGUGACAUAUGACAACCUUGUGUCUAACAAAAAAUUCAUAACAAGACAAUUGCAGGGAUUUCAGACCUCUGAACACCUUAACCUUGGCUUCUCUAUCUGUACCACUUCUUUCCACUUGGGCUUCUUAACUGCAUAGUUACAUGGUUGAAGAUACUUUGAUUGUAAAGUUUACCCUUUAUUUUCUGUUCUAUCGCACUGCAUAACGACUUCAAUAACAAAUUCAAUAGGAAAAAACCAACCCCUGAGUUUAUUAAUAUAUAUAGGCAAUAUUUCGCUAAUGUGUAACGUUUUUUAGAACACAGUAUACAUGCUGUAAUUAUGGGCAUCUUCUUAAGGGCUGCUAGCAUGAUACAAACUGUUUACAUUUGCAAAUGUAGCAAAAAAAACAAAAAACAACGUAAUGAAGCAGGGCUUACUUGAGAGACAGAACAAAGGGAAGGAUAGAGUGAUACCUGCUGGCUUGGGUGGAUGGGUGCCUUUGAAGAAUAUACGAGGAGAAGGUGGGGGAAUGGGAUCAUAAGACUCGUAGUGGCUGAUAAAAAGAGUUUAGUUUAAUGUUUUCAUUCAUCCCUUCAAUUGGUUUUUGUUUGUCUCUAAACCUGUCUUCGAAUUCUCGCUGUUGUUCCUUCUCUGGAUUGAGCUGGUCCCAGUAGGUAGACAGGAGUUUAAAUGGGAGGUAGAUGUCAUACCGUGUUACCCUCCAAAAAGCUGAGGUUAACUCAAUAAGCCCAGACAGACAGGAACCUUUAGCUAACUUAUUUUGCUGAAUUUCUCUCCUACUUGAAUGAUCCUUGGUUUUUUGUUGGGAGAUAAUACCAGCAGUACAUAAUUGAAAUGCUCGCUCGAAGCAAAGUGUGGAUUUUCUCAGAUUACAGUUCUUUCACUUGCCGUCAGGAUUUAUUAUAAAAAUUCAUAUUGUAAAAAUGCAACAUGAAUUGUCUUCUUUUGGAAGAUGUGAAGUCUUUUGGUAAAGCUUCUCAUAGAAUUUCUAGGAAACAUUAGAGCCAGAUCUAUUUAAAAAAUAAUUCAUUGAUUUUGCCUUUUUUUUUUCUUCCUUUUUUUCUUGAAUCCGGGUGAAGUCCUCAACCAUAAAACACAUUGUGAUACCAAAAUAUUUCAGUGGUUUAGCUUUCUUAAGAAAUUCCCUUCCCUGUACUUACUGAGUUGUGAGUGAAAGAACAGAUAUUUGAAAGAAUUGUUCACACACACUUUUCAUAUUGUAAGUGCCCUGCUGAACCAUUUCCUAUCAACACUUCAUCCUUAAAGCAUGUUUCAGCCAUCAGCCCAGUCAGGGUGCUGCACCUCUAUAACAUUAAUAGUUGUAAUUUACAGCUAUUGAUUAUGGUUCAAAAUUGUCAAAUUAGGUAAGAGAUGCAGUUCUGCAGGGCACAACUGACCUUGUUUCACUUCAUUAUUGAGAGUAUGUGUACGGUUUGAUGGCAUUUCAGAUCAGCGUUUACAUUGGAGGGCCUUAACAAGUGUUUUAAUUUUGUCUUAGUCAGAAUAUGUUCUAGAAAAUGAUGCUGUUACUUGCACUCAAUUUAUUAUGUUCUUAUUGCCAAGGAAGGGACAACACAAACACACGCACACACGAAAACGAAUGCCCGGCAGUGGUACGGAGUGAGUGUACGUUUUGGGAUGUACAGUAUUAAUCAUGGGAGAAAAGGGAGCUAAAGGCCAGUUUAGAAUUGGUCAGAAACACACACUUACAUGCAUACACAUAUCAUCUAUGUACAUUUAACCGAUAUAUUUUAGUAGGUUGUUUUUUUUUUCUUUCUAUUAAGUUGAACGGAUCUUAUAGAAAAUUUUGAUUUCUAGGUUAUUUUCUCUCUCAUGUUGUAUUUUAUUCUGCUACCUUUCUGUACGUUAUUGUUUUUAGGUUUUGUCAUGCAAAAAAUGAUAUUUCAACAGCAUAUUUUGACAGCCAAGAAAAAGUUUGUUACACAGCUAAACUUGAAGAAUAAUGUUGGUGAUGACGGCGAUGAUAAUAAUUAAUAAAAGUAAUAACAACAUACCGAAAA